UCUUUCCAUUACAAAUUCUCUCAUCAAAUUGAAACAUGACAAGUUUUGGUCUCUUUUCAGCUGCUUUACUUCUGGUUUUGCAAGCAACAAUGCUUGUCUUUGCUUAUGAUCCAAGCCCUCUUCAAGACUUCUGUGUUGCAGUGAAAGACCCCAAAUUUGCUGUAUUUGUGAAUGGAAAAUUGUGCAAGGAUCCAAACCUUGUGAAAGCUGAAGACUUCAUGUUCCAAGGACUCAACAUAGGUGGAACCACAGCCAACAAACAAGGCUCAAACGUGACAUUAGUAAACGUGGAGAGACUUGGUGGACUCAACACCCUUGGCAUCUCCUUGGCUCGACUUGACUACGCACCAAAUGGGCUAAACCCACCGCACAUCCACCCACGAGCCACUGAAAUUCUCGUGGUUUUGGAAGGCACUCUCCUCGUUGGCUUUGUCACCUCCAACCCCAACAAGCUCUUCACCAAAGUCUUGAACAAAGGAGACGUGUUUGUGUUCCCCAUUGGCCUCAUUCACUUCCAGCUUAAUGUUGGACAUGGCCCUGCUCUUGCUUUCGCUGGCCUUAGCAGCCAAAACCCUGGUGUUAUUACCAUUGCUAAUGCUGUUUUUGGGUCUGUUCCUCCCAUCUCCAACGCUGUUCUCACUAAGGCCUUCCAAGUUGAUGAGAGUGUCAUUCGUGCUCUCCAACAACAAUUUAGAGAUUAAGAACAUGGUUAUAAAUGCAUGGUUUUUGAAUAAUCAUCCAUCUCUAAGAUAUGAAAUUCAGAGAUGAAAUCAGAAUAAAGAUGGGUUACAAGCA